AUGAAGGUUUUAUAUACCAUGUGGAUGCGCAGGGCCUUUCUACCUUUCAGCGCCCUUCUGCUUCCAGUGCAUCUUCUUUUCGCAGACGGCAUUUUUAGUUUUCCCCCAAUUCCAAUUGCGAUGGCGGUGAUCCGAUUUUCCGACGCUGAUGUGCAAGUGGGAGACAGCCGCGGCGAACUCACGCUAGUUGGGAGGGUUUGCGGUUCGCGACCAGCCUUGCACGCCCUCAAGGCAGACCUGUUGCGGCUGUGGAAUUGUUCGGCUGCGAUUUCCAUUGUGCCGCUAAAUUGGGACCUAAUUCAAGUGGUGUUCUCAACGGCCAAGGAUCUCAACAGGGUGCGGAAAAACUCCCCUUGGUUCAAGCCCAAAUAUGUGCUCCAUCUGAUCCCUUGGGAGACGCCAUCUCCUUCCUUGGUUGAUUCCCUCCUUCGUGUGCCAUUGAUGGUCCAACUUUGGGGCAUCCCCUACACCUGUUGUACGGAGCGCCUUGGAACGCUGAUGGGAGCUUCUCUCGGUGCCGCGGAUCCGACGACCAUCCAUCAAUCGGAGAUUACUGGCGGGCUGUAUGUGCGAGUUAAAGUCUGGAUUGAUGACUCUGCCCCGCUGCCUUAUGAGGUUCCGGCGCUACAUGAUGAGGCCGGUAAAGGUGAAUUCACUGCUGCUGUUAAGUUUGAGCGUUUGCCCCAGUUUUUCUACUUGUGUGGUGUUGUUGGCCAUACAGGUGUCCGCUGCCUGCGAAAAGAGGAGCUCGGAGGUACACCGAUGCGAAAUGGCACGCAUACGAUUAGCCUAGACAAGGGACCCUGUGUUGAUGAGCGAACUUUAGAUCGCAAGAGGAAGUUCACUUGGAUCCGCAAAGCAGAUAAGAGCGAGACAAAGGCUUCUCUCUGGGGGCCUUUGUCGAGUCGUUCAGGGGCCAUAGUUGUCCACAACAAGCUGCAGCAACUCUCCAUUGAGGCAGGCGAAAUCAAUGAGGCUGCCCCUUCUCUUGCUCCUGCGGCAAAGUCACCAAAAGGAGGAGCAGUACCUGAUCCGAUAGAGCCGAUUGCCAAAAGGCCUCGGAUUUCCCAACAAGGUUCUUUUAUAGAUGCUGAGAUAAGUUCAAGGGUGGAGGCAACCGACCCAGACCAGUCCCAGUCCAUCAAAUGA